AGCUCCGCCUUGCUCGAGCGCGCCGUGACGUAGCCAGCUGCGGCUUGGGCUCGCUAUCGGUGUGAGCGCUCGGAGCUGCAUCACCGGAGUCGGACAGCGGGAACAGGCCCAACCUAGUGCUGCAGUGCGAUAAGGUGACUCCCCUAUAGGUAUUAAAUGCAGGACAGUCGGGAGCAGCAGGUGCAAAGGAAAGACCUUAUAACAAUGACUGACAGAACUAAAAUGGAGGUGCCCAGUAACAAGGAUAAAGAGCCAAAAAUGGGGAAGAAACAAAAUGGCAAAGGCAAGAAGGUGGAAGAGGCAGAACCUGAAGAGUUUGUUGUAGAAAAAGUCCUAGACAGACGAGUGGUGAACGGAAAAGUUGAAUAUUACCUGAAGUGGAAAGGCUUCACAGAUGCAGACAACACGUGGGAACCAGAAGAAAAUCUAGACUGCCCUGAGCUAAUAGAGGCCUUUCUCAAUUCUCAAAAAGGCGGCAAAGAGAAAACAGACAGCAACAAAAGGAAAUCUGUGUCGGACUGUGAAUCUGAAGACAGCAAAUCAAAAAAGAAACGAGAAGCAGCUGAUAAACCCAGAGGAUUUGCCAGAGCCUUGGAUCCAGAGCGAAUAAUUGGAGCAACUGACAGCAGUGGUGAACUAAUGUUCCUUAUGAAAUGGAAAGACUCUGAUGAAGCAGACUUGGUACCUGCCAAAGAAGCAAAUAUGAAAUGUCCUCAGGUUGUAAUUGCAUUUUAUGAAGAGAGACUAACAUGGCAUUCUUGUCCAGAAGAUGAAGCGCAAUGAAAUUAUCACUAUUUACAUGUAGAUUUUUGUUUUUUAAAAUACUUCCCCCUUUUUAUUUUCAGUGGGUUUUUUUCUUUUUGAGCAAUCUCCAUUUUUGUUUUUAGUACCUUUCUGAGAACCACAAUAAUGGAGUUUGGUGCCCUGAUGUACAUGGCAAAAAUGCUCUGGUACAUAAUGCAUUUGUUCUGUCCGGGCUUUUUAUAGAAUCUUUGUUAAAUGACCAACAUCUCUGCAUCUAUAAUGCAAACUUGCAAGUGUUUUGUAGUCUACUGCUUGAUGUGCAUGUUAAUGCUUUGACUUGGACCUGUCUUUAAUCUAGCCUUUUUAGUUCCAGCCCUUCAGUAAAAGUCUGGAAAUAACUGUAGUGAAUGUUACUUGACUGUAUAUUGUUUACUUCAAUGUAAAUACUGGUGAUCAGUGUUCAAUAAAUAGUUUUAUAUUCUCA